ACAUUAAUCGUUAAAAAAGAAAGGCGAACUGAAAAAAAACCCGCGGCGCGCAAGAGUCGCGCGCCCGACACACGCGCGAAAACUGUUAUCAAGGCAUAUUAUAAAACCACUCUCUAUAAAAACCACACUCGAAGAUCGUUCUGGUUCGACCUCUGUUUAUCGUCUAGAAGAUCGUCCGCAAUCUAUCAAGGUUUCUAUGCCGCAGCGCCACAGUUGGAUCUAAACUUCGUUUUACAAUCUUGCAAGGCGUUCGACAGUGAGGGCAACAGUAGGGGGGAGGCCGGUAGCCAAGGCGGCGGCGAUUCCGGCGGCGGAGGAGGCGGAGACGGAGGCGGAGGAGGCUCGGUUCCAAGGUCAUUGCCGAAUUACUACGCGCAGGCCAGGGUGAGGAACGCUUACGCCAAGGGCGGAUCGUUCGCCGACUGCUUCAGAAAGCCGUUCGGUUGCCCGAAGUGCGGCCGUUGCUUCACCGUCAAGGGCAACAUGACCAGGCACCUGAAGUACGAGUGCGGCCAAGCGCCGAGGUUCCAGUGUCCUUAUUGCGAGUUCCGUAGCAAGCAAACGUCCAACGUGAUGUCCCACAUCAGGACCAGGCACACCGGCCAGCGUGUUUACGUGGUGCACCUGAAAUACGAGAAUUGAACGGGCGGCGCGGUUUCUUCGCCGAUUCUUCUCGAAUGCCGUUUCAUUUAGGGCUGUUCUAUCGUGGAGAGAGGCCGAGUCUCGCGCGACGCGAUCUUUUAUGAGGUCGUGAAAAGGGGUCGUCGUCGUGGGCCCGCGGGGGAGAGGAAACGCGACGAUGGGAAAUUUGAAUGCGACGGGGGGAUGCACUUUUAGCGUUCGCACGGCGAGCGGCGACAUCGAGAAUUGUUAUUGUUCGAAAUAAUUUUAGUACGAAAUCAUUUUCGACGAAUUUGUUUGUGUUCGAAGAACGUUUCGAGGCGUAAUUGUUGCGCGAAUCGCAGAAGUCGGUGUCGCGUGCAUGCAUGAAAUGCGGUCACGGUAAUGUCUCCCUAAUUGACGCUAGGAUUGACGCUCGGAUUGACGCGACAAUUUUGGGAAGA